GGUUUUCGUCCUGCGGGGGGGGGGGGGUUCGCGGAGUUUGAGGGGAGGUGGCAGAGAUGGCGGCCUCGGCGCGGGAAGAUGGCGCCCGCGGCCAAAAGCAAGGGCGGCGGGGCUGCGAGCACUAUGACAGAGGCUGUCUCCUGAAGGCACCUUGCUGUGACAAACUUUAUACUUGUCGGUUGUGUCAUGAUAGCAACGAAGAUCAUCAGCUAGAUCGCUUUAAAGUAAAGGAAGUGCAGUGCAUAAACUGUGAAAAAAUUCAGCACGCCCAACAGACUUGCGAGGAAUGUAGCACAUUGUUUGGGGAAUAUUAUUGCAGUAUAUGUCAUCUCUUUGACAAAGACAAGAAACAGUAUCAUUGUGAAAGCUGUGGAAUUUGUAGGAUUGGUCCAAAGGAAGACUUUUUCCACUGUUUGAAAUGUAACUUAUGCCUAGCUAUGAAUCUCCAAGGAAAGCACAAGUGUAUUGAAAAUGUUUCCAGGCAGAAUUGUCCAAUAUGUUUGGAGGACAUUCACACAUCCCGUGUUGUUGCUCAUGUCUUGCCAUGUGGACAUCUUUUACAUAGAACGUGUUAUGAAGAAAUGUUGAAAGAAGGCUACAGAUGUCCAUUAUGUAUGCACUCUGCUUUAGAUAUGACUCGGUACUGGAGACAGCUGGAUGAUGAGGUAGCACAGACUCCUAUGCCAUCAGAAUACCAGAACAUGACUGUGGAUAUUCUCUGCAAUGAUUGCAAUGGGAGAUCUACAGUCCAGUUCCAUAUAUUAGGCAUGAAAUGUAAUAUUUGUGAAUCCUACAAUACUGCUCAAGCUGGAGGAUGUAGAAUUUCACUAGAUCAGCAAUGACCAGUGUAUGCUGCAUUGGAAAACUCAGCAUUUUCUGAUUAGAAAAAGGCUAUCUUUAGUAUUCUGUUGUCAUAAUGUGUCUAUGCAUUAGAGUUGAUGUGUUUUGUACUAGUGUCACAGCAUAAAAUCAUAUUACAUGGACUUAAGGAUUCAGGGUCUCUUUAUAGAAUUAUCAUAGCUUUAUAUUGGAUGAAAGCCACUGUGCUUGUCUUUUGAUUGGAGAUUCCUUUAGUGUCAGUUGUUUGGAAGCCAAUGAUGUUUGCCACUGAAAUUUAUAUCCAUAGAAGUAUAUCAUACUUCCAUGGAACUUUGCUUUAAGUGACACUAUGCACGAAGAGUUCAUUUCUAGUUCUUCAUAGAACUGCACUUAUUUCUCAGUAUUAUUCUUGACUUUUUAAGGGCUGUGCUAUAAUGAGAAGAUGUUCUUUCUUACUGUUGAAAUCUUAUUACAUAUACUUUAGAAUUUUCUAAGGCAGUCCUUGGGAUCCUGUAAAUGUGAAUUUUGAUGUAAUAACUGCUAAUAAAAUUAUAUUGAAACUGU